AUGGCUCCAGCCCCUUCCUCAUACCCGAAUUCUAGGUUCGGUUCACCAGAGAACAACAACAACGCAGCUGGUGACCUACGACACCGGCGGGCUAAUAGGGGUGGCUCAUUCCGCCCACCUGCGUUGGUGCCUGCCCUUGUUCAGGGGAACCUUAUUACUUUGAACAAAACAUACCCCAAGGAACUGGAUAGUCUCAGCCAAUACCCAGACGAUAGAGUCUCAGGCACACCUACAACAAUUCAGUGGCCAGAUCAUGCUUUUAACAAUUCGGACAUCUCACCCUGCGGCCAAAGCCUUUUUGAGCUUUUUCACCCUGACGAAUCAACCGAGAGGUAUCGGUUAUCAAGAAACGCCACGGAAGGCCGACCUAAUAGGCAUCGAUGUUCUCAAGCCAUAUUUUGCCGCCUCCGAAUUUCAAAUCUUGAUUAUAGUCGAAUUUUAGCCACUAAACUUGUUGCACAAGCCAGGUCAGCCCGUCUCCCAAUACGUCCGCAUACGGGUGACGACUUCAACGAAUUCCGGAGGCUCCAAAGGCUGUCUGAAAGCGUGGCGCACAUACUUUUGAAGGCCGAGAGAAGAUAUAUCGAACAUUAUGCUCAGACGAUCAAGGAGAGGCUUUCAGAGCAGCGUCUUGUGGCAUUGAUGCAUAAAGGCCUUGAUAACGUUGUAAAUGAUAUACAAACCGCUGGAUUCUGGACAACUGAAAAUUCUUGGUUGGCGCGCGGUGGUUGCCUUCAAAGUUAG